AAGUGACUCACAGGCGGCGCUGGGGCGUCCGUCUGAGCCGGAAUGACGAUGUUUGCUCGCUUCCCGUGACUGUCCCGUGCCUGUCAGGUGAUUAGCGCAGCUCAGCUUCUCUCUUCAAAGACGCGACUAACGAAUCUGGAUAACUGUACAUCUCUGCGAGAAGAACAGCUGUCAAGAUGGACACCUCGAAACUCCCAAAGAUCCGGGAUGCGGAGCGAGAAAGCCAGUUUGGAUAUGUCCAUGGAGUUUCUGGACCAGUGGUGACUGCUACAGCGAUGGCUGGGGCCGCCAUGUAUGAGCUGGUCCGCGUAGGCCAUAGUGAGCUGGUGGGAGAGAUCAUCCGUUUGGAAGGAGACAUGGCCACUAUCCAGGUCUAUGAGGAGACUUCUGGCGUGUCUGUGGGUGAUCCUGUUCUUCGCACAGGUAAACCCCUCUCUGUAGAGUUGGGACCAGGAGUAAUGGGCUCCAUCUUUGAUGGCAUCCAGCGUCCACUGAAAGACAUCAAUGACAUCACGCAAAGCAUCUACAUCCCGAGAGGAGUUAACAUCGGAGCCCUAAACAGAGACAUCAAAUGGGAGUUUAAUCCUAACCAGAGUCUGCGGGUUGGCAGUCACGUUACUGGUGGCGACAUCUACGGCAUGGUGUUUGAAAACUCCCUCAUUAAACACAAACUGAUGCUUCCACCUCGCAGCAGAGGCACCGUCACCUACGUAGCUCCUUCCGGAAACUAUGACGUCUCUGAUGUGGUUCUGGAGCUGGACUUUGAAGGAAUGAAGGAGAAGUUCACUAUGGUGCAGGUGUGGCCGGUGCGGCAAAUCCGCCCAGUGACGGAGAAGCUGCCUGCCAAUCAUCCCCUCCUCACCGGUCAGAGAGUCCUGGACGCUCUUUUCCCCUGCGUGCAAGGUGGCACCACAGCCAUCCCCGGCGCCUUUGGAUGUGGAAAGACCGUUAUCUCCCAGUCAUUGUCCAAGUAUUCCAACAGUGAUGUCAUCGUCUACGUUGGAUGUGGAGAGCGUGGGAAUGAAAUGUCGGAGGUGCUGCGAGAUUUCCCAGAGCUAACGAUGGAAGUUGAUGGUAAAGUGGAGAGCAUCAUGAAGAGAACGGCACUUGUUGCUAACACAUCCAACAUGCCUGUGGCUGCCAGAGAGGCUUCUAUCUAUACAGGGAUCACACUGUCUGAGUACUUCAGAGACAUGGGUUACAACGUCAGCAUGAUGGCCGACUCUACGUCGCGAUGGGCUGAAGCUCUGAGAGAAAUCUCUGGAAGAUUGGCUGAAAUGCCUGCUGACAGCGGCUACCCGGCCUACCUCGGCGCCAGGCUUGCCUCCUUCUAUGAACGAGCUGGACGCGUGAAAUGCUUGGGUAACCCUGAGAGAGAAGGUAGCGUCAGCAUCGUUGGAGCUGUGUCGCCCCCUGGUGGAGACUUCUCAGACCCUGUCACCUCCGCCACUCUGGGCAUCGUUCAGGUGUUCUGGGGCUUAGACAAGAAGUUGGCUCAGAGAAAACAUUUCCCGUCUGUAAACUGGCUGAUAAGCUACAGCAAGUACACCCGAGCCCUGGACGAAUACUACGACAAACACUUCCCUGAGUUUGUGCCCCUUCGUACAAAAGCCAAAGAGAUCCUCCAGGAAGAGGAGGACCUGGCUGAGAUCGUGCAGCUCGUAGGGAAGGCUUCUCUGGCGGAGACUGACAAGAUCACACUGGAAGUGGCGAAGCUCAUCAAAGAUGACUUCCUGCAGCAGAAUGGUUACACACCUUACGACAGGUUUUGUCCCUUCUACAAAACUGUGGGCAUCCUCUCCAACAUGAUCGCAUUUUACGACAUGGCCCGACACGCCGUAGAGUCGACUGCACAAAGUGAUAACAAGAUCACCUGGGCCAUGAUCAGGGAGCACAUGGGGGAGAUCUUGUAUAAGGUCAGCUCCAUGAAAUUUAAGGACCCUGUCAAGGAUGGUGAAGCUAAGAUAAAAGCAGAGUACUCCCAGCUGCUGGAGGACAUGCAGAAUGCUUUCCGGACCCUGGAGGAAUGAGUUCUUCCUCACCUCUCAAGCCCCGCCCCCAAGCGUGAUAGUGUAGUAAAGUGCAGAUUAAAUGGUCCUAUUUCUGAAUGUCAUGUGAAUUGCUUUUGUGUUUACUCUCCCCUGUUGACAUUCCAUAUCACGUGCACACAUUUGACAUUGUUGGUUUACUGUCAACUGUAAUAUGGACCACUCAGCUCUUAUUUAUUCCUCUAUCAUGUUGCAAUAAAACAAGUCAGGUGCUGCAAAGACGGAAAGUCUCAUGGGAACGUGCACAUGACUAAAGGGACAAGAGGAAUGAGGGGCAUCUUUCAUUCCCUCUUACCUCCAUGGUGUGAUAUAUUAUGUGUUGCUAUUGUGUGUAAAAUGUGAACGAAUGAGUUGUGUUGUGACAAAACAAAAGUGUUUAUGUGAAGUUGUUGUCUCAUGAAAUAAAAAAGUGAAGUAUGCAAUGGUA